AUGGCGCGCUGAGUUUAUAAACCUCCGCCAGCCCUCCACGCACGAGUUUUGAAGGCCACUUGUCUCCGCGGUCGGUCACGUAUGCACAUGCAGCGAAGUCCGACAGCCUCAGCAUCCUUACUUUCCACCCUCGAGGGCACAGGAGCGCAGAGACAGCUCUUCAUCAUGAGGUCCUUCGUCCUCCUGUUCUUCACCCUGCUGUUGGUGUCCCACGGAUCUUCAGCUGUCAUCACAGGGGCCUGUGAGAAGGACUCUCAGUGUGGAGGAAGGAUGUGUUGUGCGGUGAGCUUGUGGUUCCGCAGCCUGCGUAUGUGCACGCCCGCGGGACGGGAAGGAGACGACUGUCACCCUAUGAGCCACAAGAUUCCUUUCAAUGGGAAAAGACUCCACCACACGUGCCCCUGCCUGCCCAAAUUGUUGUGUAUCACCUUAGUGAAGGGGAGGUCCAAAUGUAUCUCGGCAUACAAGUAUCCAGGCUUCCUCUGA